AUGACCAGGUACAACGACAUUAUUCUUGAGAUCGAGGGUCAGAUUGGCAUAAUCAAACUCAAUCGCCCGAAAAGCCUGAACGCGUUCGGUGGCGAGCUCCAGGAGGAAGUCGUCUGCGCAAUUAGAGAGCUGAACGAGCAUCCCGACACCGUGUUUACAGUGCUCACUGGAGAAGGCAGGUUCUUCUCAGCUGGUGCUGACGUCCGAUCAAUCGAAAUGCUUCGGUCCAUCAUUGACCACAAGAAGGUUUUUGUCUUGGCUCUCAACGGGCCGGCAGUAGGAGGUGGGUCGGCCUGGUUCACUGGAUCCUCCGAUCUCGUGUUCGCCUCUUCAUCUUGCUACUUGCAAUGCAACUUCAGUGCGCUGGGUCUGGUGCCCGAGAACGGCUCCGCAAUCAACUUUGCGCAAAGUAUGGGGGUCCAUCGCGCCAACGAGUUCUUCAUGCUGGGUCGCAAACUCACUGCCCAGGAACUCGAGCAGUGGGGUAUCGUCAACCGGGUAUUUGACAACGAGGGCUUCGUCGAUAGUGUCAAAGCCUAUCUGCAAGAGCAGUUGAAGAACAAUGACGGGAAGAGCAUGAUGGAGAUGAAGAGGCUCCAAAAUGCGCCGUUGAGGGAUGGGAGGAUGGUCGCAGUUCUCAAUGCCGUUGAUGCGCUUGCUGAGAGGUUUGUCGAGAACGCACCGAUGGAAAGGUUUGCGAUCAAGAAAAAAGAGCUGGAAGCCCAGACCGUGAAAAUUGCUUCCGGAUCCAUUCUCGAGGCAGCAGCACCCGGUCUAGGAGUCUGUCUCACUACCUACCGACGAACUCAGUAUCACAAACACGAAAGAAACAAUCAGAGCGCCUUUCUCCCCAGACCAGAUCCAAGUGUUUCUCCUUUCCACUUUGCAUCGAUGUCAAACCUAGCAAAAGGCGCCAUCCAUCAGGUGCGGUCGCCAUCUCAGACACCGCCGACACCGCGUCAGGCUGGAGUAGGAGUGGCGCGUGAGCUCAUCGCACUCUUCUGGCCAGCCGUUGAUGGCGCGGCAGUGGUUGCACUUGCGCGUUCUCGUCUCUCCGUGACCGCACCGGAACCAGGUGGUCGUUUUGCGGCACAUGCUGCUGCUUUGUAG